UAUCACAAGUCGGAUGAGGACUUCGAAGCAAAAACAGGUUCUGUUUGGCCCUCGAAUUACCUCAGUUCACCUGAGGAGUUUGCAUGUUCGUUGUUCUACCAAAGCUGCCAAGUUUGGCACUGGGGCACCUCUGCCGUCGUACUUUUGUGCCUAUCUGGACUCUUCUGGCCGGUUCCGACGUGUGAGGAUAUCCUCGAGUCAGUGUGCUGCCAUGUUUGUCGACCUCAUCUGGUGGCUAGGCGGAAAAGAAUGCAGGUCAUCUCGUGCCUUUUAUGCACCCGAAAAUGUGGUUUUACCUCAUCUUUCGAGCCGCCUACAAGGCCACCGAUUGGGUCAAUUUGUGCCAAAUUGCUCGGCGGCAUAACAGGUCUCUACCUUUCAUUUGUCUCCCUCCCUUCUGUUGCUGGGAUGCCUGAAAAUCGGGCUUCCAUGCUGUCAUUCACACCGUCCGGACUAACCCGUCUUCUGACACUAUUGGCCACAUGGUUGGUCUGGCUGUCCUCGGAUGGUCGACUCUGCCACGGCUUCGGCGUCUUCGGUCUCGGACUGAAUGAUGCGCUUGUCUACGCGGAUGAAUUUCACGUGGUCGUCGCAGGCCCUUGCAUCCACGAAGGCGACGCCUACUGCACACGACGUGUCAUCAAUAGUUUGUGCUCGAUGGAGAAAAACGAAUGCUUCUGUCGUCCUGGUUACGUCUCCAUCCAGGAGGACUAUGGGAUCACCUGCAAAACAUGUAAGUCUCCUGAGUGUAUUCGAUCGCAUGGCUGGGCUCUUUUUAAAGCUUAA